CCAAGUCGGCCUCACGAACUAUUGUUAUACUAUGUCGAGACAGGAUGACCGGAAUCAAGAAGCUACUGUCUACCUGGGAAACUUGGAUGAGCGAGUCUCGGACGCGAUCAUCUGGGAGCUCAUGUUGCAGGCGGGUCCAGUGGUGAAUGUUCAUCUGCCGAAGGACCGUAUCUCAAUGGCGCAUCAGGGGUACGGUUUCUGCGAAUUCUUGACGGAAGAGGACGCGGAAUACGCCUGUAAAAUCAUGAACCAAAUAAAACUUUGGGGGAAACCUAUUCGUGUUAACAAGGCUUCUUCGGAUAAGAAGCAGUUAGAUGUUGGCGCGAAUCUUUUCGUGGGCAACUUGGAUGAAAAUCUCGACGAGAGGCUCCUUUAUGAUACUUUUAGCGCAUUCGGAAUGCUCGCUACUACUGCAAAGGUCGCGCGUGACCCGACAACAGGCAAGUCAAAAGGUUACGGCUUCGUCUCGUACAUUGACUUCGAAUCUGCCGACGCCGCAAUCGAGGCAAUGAACAAUCAAUUCCUCAUGAACAAGGCUAUCUCCGUCCAAUAUGCAUUCAAGAAGGAUGGCAAGGGCGAGAGACACGGCACACCUGCCGAACGGCUUCUUGCUGCCCAAGCUCGCAAAAACAACGCCCUUCCAGCUAGCGCUCGUCCUCCUCCCGCUACGCUCAAUGCGCUUGCUGCUUUCGGGCCAGGAGCUGCAGCUCCUGUAGGUGUGACUGCCGCUGCGCCAGGACGCCCUGUAUCUGCUGCGCCUCCGUAUGGUACUCCAGGACCGUAUCAGGGUCAGUUCGCCGGUGCUCUUGCUGCCGCACCUGCGCCCGUACCUUCACCAGGCAUGGGCAUGGGCGUUCCACCUCCUCCGCCUGGGUUCGGUCCUGCUCCUCCGAUGAUGGGAAUGCCGAUGGGAAUGCCAGGCGUCCCAACACCACCUCCGGGCUUUGCAGGAUACAAUCCGUCGUCUGGUAUGAUGAACAUGCAACCUCCACCUUCCGGUUUUGGGGCGCCGCCGCAAGGAAUGCCAAUGCCUCCACCCCCUCCCGGAUUUGGCACUCCACAAGGAAUGCCAGUAGGUAUGACGCCGCCUCCUCCAGCAGCACAAUGAUAUUACUACUUUUUGGCAUUCCUUAUCAGCUUUUCUACUACUACUCAUUGUUUC